UUAAUCCAGUUUUACAGUGAACCUGGAUUAGAGCGAAGUGCUAGAGCUGCUCACAGCUUUCGCACUCACGAAAAUGGCGACUCGGUUACAGAAGAUCGAGGGAGACGAGUCCGUACUGUUGCGCGUAACUCAUUCGAACCUCAAGACCUUCUCCGCCGAUAUCCGCUUCUCCCUCCAGAGCUCUGUGGAGUCCGUCAAGGACAAGCUAUGGCGUAAAUGCGGCACUUCUGUAGAUUCCAUGUCGCUCCACCUCUACGACGAGGCCAACACCCAAGUCUCCAUUUUGGACGACAACUCCAAGCCCCUAGGCUUCUAUUCCCCUCACGACGGCUACCGGCUACAUGUUAUAGAUCUGGACCCUUCAUCAGUGACCUCUGGUGGGUGGCUUGAGGACACAUCGUUGGUGGAGAAGUACACUAUUUCUCAAGAAGCUUAUGAGAAACGAGAUGGGACUUAUAGAAAAUUUAAGGACAAAUUGGCAUCUCAGAACCCAUCAACUUUUGAGAAUAAAAUACCAGAGAACUAUAUGGAAGAUCUCCGCGUGAAUAUCAAGGUAGGAGAUAGAUGUGAAGUUCAACCAGGGGAUAAAAGAGGUGUUGUUAAAUAUGUUGGUCGGGCAGAAUCUCUGGCUCCUGGUUUCUGGAUUGGAGUUCAAUAUGAUGAACCAUUGGGAAAGCAUGAUGGCAUGGUGAAAGGAACACGAUAUUUCAAUUGCCCCCCACUUCAUGGUGGAAUGGUUCGGCCAGACAAAGUAAAGGUUGGUGACUACCCUGAACGAGAUCCAUUCGAGGAGGAUGAAAUUUAAGCAGGUCUUAGAGAGAGUACCUAUAUACUUCAUGAUUCUACAAAACCUUUUUGGGGAAAUCACCCUGAAGUUUCCUUAAUUAGUUCAAAUUGUAAUAUUAUUGGGAGGUAGUUAAAGAGGACCUGUGUUUGACUAUGCUAGCCGUGGUAGUUUAUAUGCUUAGCAGCUAGUUGAGAGGAAACCAUGUGAAAAAAGAGAGUGAAGAAACAAUGAUGUUGUUGAGAUCCUUCUUAUUGGGUUUUGUUCUUAUUUUGUUUGUCUCAGUUCUUCCCUUCUACGAGAGAAAGAAGUUAAAGAAUCAAGGUGUAGUAAUUGAGGUCUUCCUGAAGAAGUGAAAUUUGUAACCAAAAAAGUGGAGUAAAUUGGACAAGACACCAUUCUAUA